CAAAGGAUUUGGAAAGGAUCCUCAACUCAAACAAAGUUAAUUUAAUAUUCAAAAUUAUAAUAAGACAAAAUCGUUGUGAUCGUGACAGUACGAAAGCGUUUUUUAAAUUAAUUCGCUUAUUGCGGUCUAUAGAUUUUAGAAUCUAUUGCUGAAAUCAAAACAAAGUUGUUUAUUUUGGUGUCAAAGUCAUACGUUUCUGUUGUGUUCGUUUGUCGCCGCAAAAUUCAAGUCAUACCGUACCAUUAUUAUGAGCUGUUGAUAAGUCGAUGAAGCUAACAAAAUGGUCACGUACGAGUUCGACGACAGAAACAAUAAAGUGUACGAAAUCGACGAAAAAGGCAACCGGCAGCUCGUGCGCUCGACAGAGUCCACUAGACGCGCCUUCUUUAGGUUUCGAAACAAAACGACGAGAGUUAUAGACGUGUGGUGGCGCGACUACGGCGGGAGCAAGUGUCAUUACAAGCGAAUACCGCCGGGCCGGUUCUGCGACAUGAACUCCUUCACCACCCACCCCUGGGAGUUCACCGACGCGGCCACCGGCGAGAGGUACGUCAUAAACAACCAACCCAUAUUCCGAGCUCCCCCCGAACUCGGCGGUAUGGACUACAGAACCAACUGGAAUAUCACAAUUGGCAUGAGAACCCUGCGGAAGACUGCUAUGCUCGCUAUCAACAACUUCCUCAGGGAUGUCGAUGAUAUAAAUGUGUUAGAGAUCCCCAGGCGGCUAGCAGAGGAGCUCCAAGCUGUGAUGAUUUCGCUGAGAAGGCCCCUGCCUCCGGCUCCGACUCCCUGACAAAGCUAUGUGAUGGCAGAGUGUUGUAGCAUCUUGCUGAGCGGGACCUACUCUCUGCUUCAUAUAUUAUUUUAUAUCCUGACACACAUUAUCACCUGCAUUUAAUGCUCAGCAGCAAGUUUUACUGCAAUUAUAGUUUAGGAGUAAAAAAUUGUAAAAAGUGUAUGUUUAUGAUCAUUGUGACUGAAAAUAGAUGUUGGAUAUAGGUGUAAUCUAAAAAUGAAUUCUAACUGUUGUGAUGACUGUCCAGUUUUGUUGUUCAUAAAGUCCAUGUCAAUUUAAAUGACUA